GCUUCGGCCAUCUUAUAAGCAACAGCGCAUGCGAAUAAUAAUAAUCUUCAUCAGAAUAUCUGACUAUACUCUAGACUGACAACAGUCGCCAUACUGCUGUGUACGCUUGGACAGAGCUGGUUGUCUAAUGAAGGCCUGGGAAUGGCUGCACAGUGACUGGGAGCUGAGCUGGGACACUGCUGUACCGGGCUAAUGUAACACUGUAUAUACGGACUGAUUUGGGUUACACUGGUAUAAGAGAGCGCACAUUGUGCUGACACACCGCCGGGAGCAGAAUGAAAAGAGGAAGGAAAGUCAGUGAGGCUGGCAUUAGUUUUUCUGAUGAAGAGAUGGGGAAACUGUCCAAGAAGUUGAAAAAUACAGAAUAUAGAUCUUCUGAGAUGUCAAAGAGUUAUGACUGGGGAAACUUGCUUCCAGAUAUUAUUCUACAAAUAUUUCAGUAUUUGCCUCUCUUGGACCGUGCACAUGCUUCUCAAGUUUGCCGAACCUGGAACAAUGUUUUUCAUAUGCCAGACCUUUGGAGAUGCUUUGAAUUUGAACUGAAUCAGCCGGCUACAUCUAAUCUGAAGGCUACACAUCCUGACUUGAUAAAGCAGAUUAUCAAUAGGCACUCAAACCACUUGCAGUAUGUUAGUUUUAAGGUUGAUAGUAGUAAAGAAUCCGCAGAAGCUGCUUGUGAUAUCCUCUCACAGCUUGUCAACUGUUCUCUGAAAACUCUUGGACUUAUUUCUACUGCUAGGCCAAGCUUCAUGGACUUACCUAAGUCACAUUUCAUAUCUGCGCUUACUGUGGUGUUUGUAAAUUCAAAGUCGCUCUCAUCCCUUAACAUUGAUGACACGCCCGUUGAUGACCCAUCACUGAAGGUAUUGGUGGCAAACAACAGCGAUACACUGAAGCUUUUAAAGAUGAGCAGUUGUCCCCACGUUUCUCCAGCAGGCAUCCUUUGUGUAGCAGAUCAGUGUCAUGGGUUACGAGAAUUAGCCCUGAACUACUAUUUGCUGAGUGAUGAGCUGCUAAUUGCAUUAUCUUCAGAAAAACACGUUAGACUGGAACACCUCCGUAUUGACGUUGUGAGUGAGAAUCCAGGUCAGACCCAGUUCCACACAAUCCAGAAAAGCAGCUGGGAUGCUCUGAUAAAACACUCUCCUAAAGUCAAUUUGGUUAUGUACUUUUUCCUUUAUGAAGAGGAGUUUGAUCCAUUUUUUCGUUAUGAAACACCAGUCACACAUCUAUAUUUCGGCAGAUCAGUAAGCAAAGAGGUGCUUGGCCGUGUUGGAAUGACAUGCCCACGUUUGGUGGAAUUGGUUGUUUGUGCCAAUGGACUGCGGCCUCUGGAUGAAGAGUUGAUCCGCAUAGCUGAGCGCUGCAAGAGUCUAACAGCCAUUGGACUUGGGGAGUGUGAAGUCUCUUGCUCAGCUUUUGUUGAGUUUGUUAAGAUGUGCGGAGGCCGUCUCUCUCAGCUUUCAAUAAUGGAGGAAGUAUUAAUACCUGAUCAGAAAUAUAAUGUAGAGCAAAUCCACUGGGAAGUGUCCAAGCAUCUUGGCAGAGUCUGGUUUCCAGACAUGAUGCCCACUUGGUAGACUCUCAAACUCUCUACUUGUAAAUUAAACCGCACCUUAGGUCUCCCGUACAUCUGCAUGGAAAGCUAAAUUAAUAAUUUUUUAUUUGUUGUAUAAUUGUUUAGAUGAUGCAUGUAGGCACUAAUUUAUCAAACAAUUCAUAGCAAUCAGGAUCAAGUAGGGACCAUUUAAUUGCAUUUUUUUUUAAAUCGUAAACUACAUUAAAAAUCUGGUUGUCUAUAACAUGAACCAAACAGGCAUCAUUCUCUCAGUCCCAGGCAGUAAAAAUUAUUUUGUUCUUACUUGUUUUGGUCAGAAAACACAAUAGUACAAAAAAUGUAACAUUAUAAAAAAUAGUAUCUGUUACAAUAUACCAAAAGCUUUCAUAUUUGACAAAAACAAUGCUGAAAGCCACCUACAUAAAAUAUAAAGUCUGCAA